GAAAAAUUAUGCCUACAAUAGGAUAUACAAUUAGUUUCGAAGAAUCAACAAACAUUGUUAAGAAGGUGAUUCUUUGGAAUGCCGGUGUUUAUCCUUUGAUUUACAAAAGAGUAUGCGAAAAUGCACAUGAUGCUGAGCAACUUUGGAGUACAGCGACAUCGAUUAAAUCGCAAAUUAUGCGUUUUUUCGAUUCUCCGGGUACCAAACAAGGGAUCAAGAUUUGUGCCGUAAAGUAUCUGCAGUCAGUAGUGAAAGUCCAAUCGCGUCAUGUGCAUGAUUCUCAGGUGAUGCCACAAAAUGAUAUUUCUUUGGCAUCAUGUCCACCAUCACACCCGAUAUUGAAUCC